AUGGCGGACCAAGACGGAACCCAACACUCGGUGGCUUACCUUGCAGAGGAUCGACGACCUGCCCUUCUGAGCGUAGCGAUCACCUUUCUUGUACUGAGUACAUCUGCUGUCAUCUUACGCUUCGUGUCUCGUCGUAUUGGGCGUGUUGGCUUCCAACAUGAUGAUAUCUACAUUAUCUUGGGCUGGAUAUUUUAUGUGGCCUUGAUAUCCGUGGCAAUCGGAGACAUGCACUAUGGCGGCGUAGGCCUCCAUCAAGCGCGUGUCAUAGCUAUCGACCCGGUCAUGAUGCAGACCUGGGCCAAGUUCCUCCUUGCCAUCGCAUUCGUCUACAUCAUUGGCGUGAUUCUCCCCAAACUCGCCGUGCUGAGCCUGUACAUCUCCAUCUUCAAUCGGCACCGGGCCUCCCGCAUUACCUGCUAUGUCACCGGCUUCCUGAUGAUCGGCAACUGCAUCGGCUGUGCGGCGGCAGGCUUCGCGGUCUGCACGCCUCUCCGGAAACUAUGGAACCCGAGUGUGGACGGGCACUGCGUCAAUAUCAAUGCAUGGUUCCGCUACUCGCGGAUCGUGAAUAUCGUCUCGGAUGUGAUUAUGCUCAUCCUGCCUAUCCCGCAUGUGAUCCGCUUGCAGUCAACCAUGCGGUUGAAGGUCGGUUUGUUAAUCACCUUUUUGCUGGGGAGUGUGGGCCUCAUCGCCGGCCUGAUUGCCCUCUUUACGUUCAGCACUACCAACGCCGUCACGGACAACACCUGGAACGCGGCAUUAUUGAUCAUUUGGACCCUCGUCGAGGUGGGGAUGUAUCUUAUUGCUGCGUGCCUGAUCUCGUAUCAGCCGCUUGCUAAGUUUAUUUGGAGAAAUACUUGGCGUCGACGGCGAGGGCAGAAGAACAGUUCUCAGGAUCAAGAACAUAGCCAUGUGUGGGUCCGGACGAAUAGUAUGCCUAGUCAGAGUCAUAGUACGAGGGGAAAGACCGAAGAAGAGUACUUGGAGCUGGUGACAAGGGAGCGCUCUGACAGGGGUUCGUCUAUCUCCGGGGGAAUUAUGAUUGAGCGCCAGGUAACGAUGGACUGA